UCUCGAGCAGAUUACCGUGUUUCUUUGUGUCUUAAACUGCAACUAGCUGCAAACAUAAAACCGCAAGCAUUAUCUACUACUAACAUUUUAAUUAUGACCAUUUCCACGACGUUUAUCGUAGACAAGCAUGCAUGCUAACAUCCCUCUCCACAUGGUUGAUGGUCCUACAGUAUUAGAACUUCGUACUGCAAAUGCCGAAAUAUUAAAUCACACAAUUAGAAUAUUUUUUCCGAACGCAUUCGAGGGUUUCCAUUGGUGCUUUAUUGGGUUUCCUUUCAUGGCAGCCGCAUUAAAAUAAUAUUUAAAUGUUUGAAGACUGUUUUUUUAAUUGUUAAUGUAAACUUGAAAUUUUAAGAUAAUGAAAAUGCAUUUUUCCGGCUUAGUAGGAACUCAUCAUCUAAGCCCUUGUUUCAGGAGGACGAAAAUAAGCAGCGAACAGCAGGGAAACAGGAAAUACUGAGCCAUGGCGUUCAAUUUUGGCGGUGGCACUACUAAUACUCCAAGCUCUUCUGGAUUUUCAUUUUCUUCAUUUGCCCCCAAAACAACAGCCUCAACUGGUUUUGGUUUUGGCAGCACCACCACUGCCGCCUCAUCUGGAUUUGGUAGUCUUACAGCCACUGGGUUUGGGGCCACCACUACAACAGCGCCCACUACUGGUUUUGGAUUUGGAUCUACAACUACAGGAUUUGGGGGGCUGGGAGCUGCCAGCACCACCACCGGUGCUUUUGGUGGGUUUGGCGCGACCACAACAACUGCUCCUGGAUCAUCAUUCAGUUUCUCUGCUCCUACAAACACAGGUGGCCUGUUUGCUAGUACUCAGAAUAAAGGAUUUGGAUUCUCGUCUGGCUUGAGCACUGGCGCGGCCACUGGCACUGGUUUUGGCACUGCACUCGGAACAGGACUAAACUUCGGAGGGUUUAAUGUUCAACCACAACAACAACAGGGAGGCUUGUUUGGGCAGCCUGGACAAGCGCCAUCGCAAUCCAACCAGCUGAUCAACACAGCCAGCGCUCUCUCUGCACCCACUCUUCUUGGCGAUGAGCGUGACGCCAUCUUGGCCAAGUGGAAUCAGCUUCAGGCUUUCUGGGGUACCGGCAAGGGUUACUUCAACAACAAUAUCGCCCCUGUUGAUUUCACCCAGGAGAACCCAUUUUGCAGAUUCAAGGCAGUGGGUUACAGUUGCAUCCCAGGUAGUAAGGACGAGGACGGCUUGGUGGUCUUAGCUCUGAACAAGAAGGAGGAGGAUGUCCGGAGUCAGCAGCAGCAACUGGUGGAGUCUCUGCACAAGGUCCUCGGAGGGAACCAGACUCUGACCGUAAACAUCGAGGGCGUUAAAGCCCUGCCUGAUGACCAGACGGAGGUAAUCAUAUAUGUAGUCGAACGCUCCCCAAAUGGUACGUCCAAGAGGAUAGCGGCCUCCUCGCUCUUUGGCUUCGUGGAGCAGGUCAAUGUGAAAACGCAGCUCCAGCAACUGGGUGUGGUCAUGUCUGUCACCCGCAAUGAGCUCUCGCCUGCGCAGCUGAAGCAGCUCCUGCAGAAUCCACCUGCUGGUGUGGACCCUAUCAUCUGGGAGCAGGCCAAAGUUGAUAACCCCGAUCCAGAUAGGUUGAUUCCAGUACCUAUGGUUGGCUUCAAAGAGCUGCUCCGCAGACUCAAGAUCCAAGACCAAAUGACAAAACAGCACCAGACUCGAGUUGAUAUAAUCUCUAAUGACAUAAGCGAACUACAGAAGAACCAGGCAACUACAGUGGCCAAAAUUGCUCAGUACAAAAGGAAGUUGAUGGCCUUGUCCCACAGAGUGCUUCAGGUGUUAAUCAAGCAGGAGAUUCAGAGGAAGAGCGGCUACGCUAUCCAGGUGGACGAGGAGCAUCUCCGCGUGCAGCUGGACACCAUCCAGUCUGAGCUCAACGCUCCCACCCAGUUCAAGGUUUAACUUUAACAUUUUAUCUCCACUUUUACCUGUCUUUAGUUAAAGGGAUUUUGGACAUUUUACUAAUAGACGCCCUGGCUGGCUGGUGUUUAUUUUUGAUCAGUUUUACAUAACUGCUUAUCCAGCACAGGCUGACAGAGGGUGUUGAGUUUAUCCGCGGAAGCUCAGGGCAGGAGGACACCCUGGACGGGAUGCUACCUCGGGGACCAGGGUCUGAGU